UCUCCCAGCGUGCUGUUAGUGCAAUAAAUAAUAAAUAAAUAUUUAUCUUGUGCUGACCUUUGUAUAACAAAAUGAAAGCCAAGCCCAGAGCAAUAGCAAAUACUGAAUAAAAAACAAAAAAUAUUAAUCAGAUUUCAAUCAUAAAUGGAUAAACAAAAAAAAAACCAAAUACAUAAUCACAACACUUAUCAAAGUGCCAAUUUAAUCGUAUGUUAAAGUUAAUUGUGUCUGCAAAUGCCAACGAAGAAAUUAGCAACAAAAACCUGGUAGUACAAUCAAAGCUAAAUUCCUUCAAAACGGUUUCCAAAUUUAUGUGAGCAAUUGUGUUUGUGAACGUGUGAUUGAGAGCUUAGCUAAACCAGCAAAAAAAAAAGUGAAAAAUAAAAAAAAAAGAGAAAAACAAAUGAAAAUGCCAACAUAAGGAAUACGUUCGUUUAAAAGAAAAGGAUUUUUACUGCUUCUGCCAAGGCCACAGACAAAGGACGGACAUUGAUAAAAAUCAACAACAACAGUCAUAGCCGAGGAUUAUUAUCAAAAGCGUCGAGCAACAACAACAACAACUGCUGAUGCCACUGUUUGGCCAUAAAAUAAAAGCACUGGCGUCAGCAAUGCCUAUCAGAAGCAGAAGUGAGAGCGAUAUAGCAUACGCGUCUAUAUAAAUUUUAACAAGUUAAAUACAAAACACCUGGAGGAUGGUUGCUCUGCACAUGGAAGCCAUCACAACAUUGGACUAUAGAUAGUCUAUUCAAAGAAGUCGUAGAUUCAGCAGCAACAGACAAUCUUGAAGUAUUUGUGCACUCGACGUCAGAAGGAGAGAGAGAACUUGCUGACCAUGUGGCGAUGUCGCCAUCAGCUCAAGCUGCGAGUGCUUCUAUGGGCCUGCCUAUUGGGCUGGCUUGGCAUUGCGAGUGCAUCGACAAAAGACUUAUAUUCAGGUGCUCGGCUGGGGCAUCGUAUUGUGCAAACGCGAUAUGGACGCUUACAUGGUCUCAUUUUGCCAUUGGAUAACUUUCGAUUUUUGCGUUCGGUGGAAGUGUUCCUCGGUGUGCCCUAUGCAACGCCGCCAACCAAGCAAAAUCGUUUUAGCCCAACACGCGCACCAGCGCCUUGGGAAGGGAUACGCAUCUCGGACACCUACAGUCCUGUUUGUCCGCAGCGUUUACCCAAUAUACAAAACGAGACAGCCGCCUUGGAGAAGAUGCCAAAAGGCCGCUUAGAAUACUUGAAAAGAUUAUUGCCAUUUCUUGAGAAUCAAUCAGAGGAUUGUUUGUAUCUAAACAUAUUUUCACCAGUCAAUGCUGGCGCUAAUGAGAAGAAAUUACCCGUCAUUGUCUUCAUACACGGAGAAUCUUUUGAGUGGAGUAGCGGCAAUCCAUACGAUGGCUCUGUGCUUGCCAGCUAUGGGGAAGUGGUUGUAGUUACGCUUAAUUAUCGUCUAGGCAUUUUAGGAUUUCUUAAUGCGAAUCCCAGUCCACAUGUCCACGCACGUGUGGCUAAUUAUGGUCUGAUGGAUCAGAUGGCAGCACUGCAUUGGAUACAGCAGAACAUUCAAAAGUUUGGUGGUGAUCCAAAUGUUGUGACCCUGGCGGGACAUGGAACAGGCGCUGCCUGUAUAAAUUAUCUGAUGACAUCACCCACAAUGGUGCGCGGUCUCUUUCAUCGAGCCAUUCUAAUGUCCGGAUCGGCCUAUUCCUCAUGGGCUCUGGUCGAUGAUCCAGUGCUGUUCGCCAUUAAACUGGCCAAAGAGGUUAACUGUACCAUACCCGAAGACUUGAACAGGCAUCACGAGCAGAUCGUAGAUUGCCUUAGAGAGGUGCCACUGGAAGAUCUCUAUGGAGCUGAUAUUCAAGCACCAAAUUUUCUUACAUCAUUCGGACCAUCGGUUGAUGGCGUUGUCAUACGACCCGGACAUUCCAAUCUCGAUAUCGAUGAUUUAAUGACGCGCAACUCAAAGCGUUCAUCAGAUGGCUCCCAGUCAGCCGGUGGCAAUGGCGGUGGCUCUGGUUCUGGGUCAGCGUUCAGUAGCAGCUCUGGCUACUUUGGAGGUUCGGCAUCAACGGCAAACAUGGGCGGACACUACGAUGUACUCUUUGGCGUUGUCACUGGUGAAUCGAUUUGGCGAUUCAGCGCUCACGAUAUACAAAAUGGAUUCGAGGGCGAAAGACGGGAUAAAAUUAUACGCACUUAUGUGCGCAACGCUUACAAUUACCACCUCAAUGAGAUAUUCUAUACGAUUGUGAACGAGUACACGGAUUGGGACCGCACAUCACAGCAUCCGAUAAACACACGUGACACCGCGGUGGCAGCGCUAUCCGAUGCUCAAUUCGUGGCGCCCAUAGUACGCGCCGGAGACAUAUUGGCUGCCCAAUCGCCGCCACCCGUCAGCUCAUCGACUCCCAGCGGAGCUGGCAACGUAGCCGCCUCCACAUUGGCUGCCACAACACAGCCAUCGGGUCGCUGUUAUUUCUAUGUGUUCGACUAUCAGACAAAGGAUGGCGACUACCCGCAACGCAUGGGGACUGUGCACGGUGAGGAUUUGCCUUACAUAUUCGGAGCACCGCUUGUGGAUGGUUUCAGUCAUUUUCCGCAAAACUAUACAAAGUCCGAGACGGCGCUGUCUGAGGCAGUGAUGAUCUACUGGACGAAUUUCGCGCGCACCGGCAAUCCCAACGAACAUCAUCGACAGGACUCAGUGCUGCCGGUUUCAAAGGAACGCAAUCGUUUUCGCAGCAUCACCUGGGAAAAUUAUGAUCCGUUGCAUCAAAAAUAUUUGGAAAUAGGCAUGAAACCGCGCAUUAAGAAUCACUUUCGAGCUCACCAACUCUCGAUUUGGCUGCGUCUAAUACCCGAGCUACAUCGCGCCGGCAUGGAGGAUGUGAUAGCCCGACACAAUCUAUUUCGCAAUCACGACGAUAUGGAAUUGUACGAGGGACCCGUUAAGCCAGAUCCAUUUGGUUUGUCAGCUGCCGGCACAACAACAACAUCCUCCUCCUCAUCGUCGUCGCCGUCGUCGCGUCUCCUGUUUAUCGAUGAGCAAAUGAUGGUGAAGAAAGGACGGGUACUGAAUGCCUCAGCCUAUUUGAAUGGCAUCCUCGGUGUGAGCACCGUGGAGCCGAACAACAUGUAUACGACAUGUAUACCAAUUGGUGGCAAUUAUACGGGCAACGGCGGUGGCGUUUUUGCGCCAACAACCCUGGCGAACGCCUCAACGGACACGCUGGCUUCCGGUUUCGAGGCAGCCGGAUAUGCGGCCUACUCAACGGCACUGAGCGUAACGAUUGCCAUCGGUUGCAGUCUGCUCAUAUUGAAUGUGCUGAUAUUCGCCGGUGUCUACUAUCAGCGCGACAAGACACGGCUGGAGGUGAAGACACUGCAGAAGCAGUACCAGCAGCGGGGCAUGCAUCAGCAGGUGCCGUAUCCGCCGGAGCCCAUAAAGCAUGCCCACUAUCACAUGGGACACUCGCAGAGCUCCAAUGUGAUUGUCGAUGUGGAGAGCCAUGGCCAGGACACGGCUGGUCAGGCGGCGAUGCUGUUGCAGGCGGCUGCCGCUGCCGCCGCUGCAGCCAACGAGGCAUCCAAGCCUCCGCCUCCUCACAUAUGCGCCAACACGGGGAUGCAAUUGACUAGCCAGCAACAGCAACAGCAGCAGCAGCAGCAGUCGACAAGUCAGCAGGAUGGCACAAAAAUGGUCGACAACUUGGCCAAUGUCACCUACAGCACCAGCAGCAAACAACAGCAGCAGCAGCAGCAACACCAACAACACCAACAGCAUCAACAACAACAGCAGCAGCGUGAACAUAUGCAAAUCAAGAGCAUGAGUGUUGCAGGCGGGACACAGACCUUUGGUCGUGGUGGUGGCAACGCUGGCAGCAACAGCGGCGCCAAUGUGCCAGGCACUGCUGUCGGAGUUGGAGUCGGAGUCGGAGGUGGAGGCGCCUCGGUUGUUGUAUCGGGCAACAGUGUUAGCUACAAUCCGGGCCUAAUGACUUUGCCGAAGGCAAGCCAAUUGCAUCAUGCAGCAACUUUGAAUUAUGCCCGCAACACGGCCGCAUUGAAUCUGGCUGGUGGUGGCACCGCACUUGUGGACAGCCGCGGCAAUGUGCUGUUAACCAGCACAGCAACUGGCGGCAACAGCAACGUCGUCGGUGGCGGGGGCGGCGGCGGCGAUUGCAUGACGCUGCCACGCAAUCUCAAUUUAGCUGCAGCCGGGCGACAUAAUCCCACGACAGAACUACAACAAUAUCAGCAGCAGCAGCAGCAACAGCAGCAGCAAGCUGGCAAACAUCAGGGUAAUGGAAGCGUGCUAACUGGCAUGCAGACGCAUCAUAUACGCGGUCCACGGCCACCGUUGCGCACCGCCUCCUCGACGACAACGACAACCAGCAGCAACAGCAACAGCAACAGUAGCAGCAACGCCAACAACAACCCUGGGGCUGUCGUGCUGCUCGAUCAGACGCCAUCGGGUGGCAGCAGCAGCAGCGGCGUCAGCAGUGCACCCAGCUCCUCGAAGGGGCACAUUCAUGCCCAUGCCCAUGGCCACAUGGUGCACGGCCAUGGCGAAAGUCUCGGCAUGAGUUCUACCACAGCUGCUUCACAGCAUCAGCAACAGCAGCAGCAGCAAGUGCCACAGGCAGCCAUCGAUGAGAUGCGCGUCUGAUAGGUAUCGGUCUUUGAGUUGGAUUUAUAGUCAUCAACCGGGUCCAUAGAAACAUUACGUGCUGAAACGCCCGAAGAGUUCUAUGCGCUGAAAGAGGCAACCAAACUGGACGACCACGAUGACAGCCAGCUCAAUGCGGA